UGUUGGCCAGAUGGACUGCAGACUGUAAGUGCUGGACACAGUCGGAGUGAAAUAAAAUAUUCACGGGAGGAUAACUGAAGACUAAACUGGCAGAUUCAAGUAAUUUAAUUCAUGUUGAGAGGUGUGACUUUCUUCUUGAAGAUGCAUUUCUUCUCUGCUGCGGCCUUCCUGCUGAUAUUAGCACACAGUUUACACGUUGAAGCGGGCAAAUGUCCGAGAGUGUGCAGCUGUGACAGCACCAAACUCACGGUCGCCUGCGUUGGCAAGAACUUAACGGAGGUUCCCCCGACUGUAGAUGAGAUUACACUGAAACUCGACCUGAAGAAUAACAACCUGCAGGAGUUAUCCAGGGGGGCGUUCACUCACACACCCUACCUCACCCACCUCAACCUGCAGCGCUGUAACAUUAUCAAGGUGAAGGAGGGCGCUUUCCGGACUCUGGGUCGAGUGGUCUCCUUAAACUUGGCCUACAACAAAAUUGACAUCCUUUACCAGGAGUCUUUCGAUGGCCUCUCUUCCUUGAAGGAGCUGUUCCUGGAUCAUAACCGUGUGGAGGAGAUCCAACCUGGAGCCUUCACACAGCUCGGCUUCCUCAACAUGCUGGCCCUCACCAACAACCAGCUGGUUUACAUCCCCAACAUGGCCUUCCAGGGCCUGAAUAACAUCAAGUGGCUCCGUCUCAGCUAUAACUCCCUGAACAACUUGGCCUCUGAGGCGUUCGCUGGACUCUUCACUCUCAAUCGCCUCAGUCUGGACCACAAUGAGCUGCAGUUCUUUCCCACUCAGACCAUGAACAGACUCCGUGAGCUCACACGCCUUGACAUGAGCCACAACCCCAUGAUCUACCUUGGGGAAGAGUCAGUCUCCAUGGCGAAGCUUACACACCUCUACCUCGACCACAUGUCCCUUCAGGACCUGUCAGAUAAGGCUUUGUCCGGCGCCCCGCUCCUUUCACACUUGGGCCUCAGCCACAAUCAGCUUCGUUACCUGGAGCCGCUCUCAGGGCCCAAAGAGCUGAGCAGCCUCAACCUGACUGGCAACCCAAUCUACUGUAACUGUUACAUGCGGCCUCUGAGGCAGUGGGCGAGUGUCAAAGGUGUGAAGCUGCAGGGAGCCUGUGCUGGACCUCCUCACCUGUCCGAUGAACCUCUGCAGGCCGUGACUCCUCUGGAUCUGCGCUGCCGCAGCCAUCAGGAGCAGCUGAAGGAUGAAUUUGAGAAGGACAACGAGAGUGCAGGAAGCAUCAUCAAACCCACUGCCAAACCCAAGAAGAAAGUCGAGUGUCCAGUGAACUGUGACUGUGAUACUGAAGCCCAGCAUGCCACAUGUGAAGGCCAAGGUCACACCAAAGUCCCACGAGGUUUCCCCACCCAGACGCAGCUGCUUGACCUCCGCAGCAACCACUUCCACUACCUCCCCGCCAAUGGCUUCCCAGGCGCCAGCCAAGUUGUUUCUCUUCACCUGGAGUUGUGCAAAAUCCACGAAAUCGAGAGAGGUGCUUUUCGGGGGAUGAAAAAACUGUUUUAUUUGUAUCUUUCUGACAAUGACCUCACAUCCUUGGAGGCCGGAGCCUUUGCUGGAGCCCCUGAGCUCACCUACCUCCACCUCGAGGGGAACCGGCUGGCACAGUUCCCUGGAUCAGCUCUGACUCUCCUACCAAGUCUAUUUGUGUUACACCUGGAGCGAAAUGCCAUCUCCAAACUAGAACCAACUGGUCUGCUGUCCUCUGUAACACCUAAACUCAGGGAACUUUAUUUGACCAAUAACACAAUAACAUCUAUCGCCAAGGGUGCCCUGGACUCUGCCUUCCUAGGUACACUUCACCUAGAUUCAAAUCAGCUGACAGAGAUGCCAACUCUGUCCGAGGCCUCUAACCUGGAGGAGCUCAGUCUGUCUCACAAUUCAAUUCGCUGGGUUGGACCAAAAGCUUUCCAGCCCGUAUCCCAAAGUCUGAAGAGGCUUUACAUGGAUCAGAUGGGCAUAGAGAAGAUGUCGAGGGAUGCUCUGGUGGGGCUGGGUCCAGGGCUGAGGGCUUUGACGUUGAGAGGUAACCAGCUGGAGGAGCUUCCCGACCUGAGCCCGCUCACUGGCCUGGAGGUGGUCGACCUGCAGGACAACCCUCUGCUGUGUGACUGUCCUCUGCUGCCUUUACGCAGGUGGAUGGAGAAUGUAACUUUGGAGGUCAUCGCCACCUGUGGUCACCCUCCUGAGGUCAGAGGUCAGAAGGUCCAGGAUGUCCAGGUCUUUAAGUCCUGCCCAGAAAGCAGCUCUCCUCCUGUUGAGAAAGUUGUGGCCACCAGGCCUCCGAAAGUGAAACCUCAACGCAACCUCUCGAAGGCCUCUGGAGUCAAAGCUAAACCUGCAAAGCCCAAAACUAAACUACCCAAACCAACCAAGACCAGACCUCAGAAGAAACCUGUGGCACCAAAAGUGACAAAGAACAAGAAGAUGCUGUAAUAAAUAUCAGUCUGGGCAUCAUGUUAUUGCAGUUUGACAGUGUGAAGAUCCUUUUUUUUUUUUUUAAUAAAGCAACUUUGUGUGUAACUUACAUGUACUCUUUAUUAUCGGAGCAUAAUAAACUCAGCAGGCCGAUCCCCUUCCCAGUCUUGUUGUACAUGUUGCAUUAAAAAGGUUCCACAGAUGGAGCAUGAGCACAACUUCAACACAGUC